ACCCCAAAGACCCCAUGACCAACCAACAUCCAACAGAUAAAGAACUGACUCUACUACGGGAGCUGAGCUAAAAGAACCAAACCUGCCCAUCACUGACAUCUAGUGUGGAGGUGUGGUCACAGCCGCGGUCAUGUGACCUCAUUAACACACCAACAGUCGAGGGACUUUUUCAUGAAUGUGUGUUUGUCCCUGGUGCGGCCCAGAUCUGGGCCACAGCAGGAGACGGAGGAAACCGUGACAUCACACGGUGACAUCACGCGGUGACAUCACACGGCCGUGGUCGGAGAACUGGCUCCAACUGAAGCCAGAUUAGCUACGAACGCGUCGGCCGUCGGACAGAAAUAGCAGCAAAAACAAAAAAAGAAAAAAAAAAAAAAACCCAAACAGAUGAACCCACUGAGAGCUGACCCACUGCUGGGUCCACACGUCACCGGACCGGGCUGUGACCCAGAAGAGCCGAAGACGGGGAAUCCAUCAUGGAAAAAUGAACGUCUGCGGCGAAAGGUUUGACCUGAGCGACGGAUGACGGACGACGGACGACGGACGACGGUCGACGGACGACGAGUAUGAAUGGAGUCCACGUGGUCGUGGGGGCGUGUCCCUCCGUAUUACCUGGGACUCUUCAAUCAGUGUCGGAAAAUGCUGUGUGUGUGUGUGUGUGUGUGUUGAGAGAGACAGAUGAACCCGUGUAAAAGGGGGGAGGAAGAGGGGGAGGAAGAGGGGGAGGAAGAGGCAGCAGCGCUGUGCAUUUACAGGCAAGGAGUGAUGGGAGUCCCCCUGGACAAACGUCCCUCCCCUCUGUUUGCUCUCACUCUCUCUCUCUCACUCUCUCUCUCUCUCUCUCACACACACACAUACACACACACACAGCCAAUGAGAAAGAGCUGUGCUGCUGGCCCUUUAAGAGCUGAGCCGAGAUCUUACAGCGAGGGAGGGAGAAGAGGAGGGACAGAGAGAGAGAGAGAGAGAGAGAGAGAGAGCGAGAGAGAGAGAGAGGGACAGGGUGUGUGGCUGAAAGUGUGUGAGCAGAGAGAGGAGGGCAGAGAGGCAGACUCAGUAGUGUGUCUCAGAGGUGGACGGAUCACUCGUGUCCCGUCUCGUCGGUGGGAGACUAAACCUCUGGUUCUUCUCGAUCUGUGGGACUGUUUUAUGUUGUUGUUGUCGAGAGAGAAGGAGCCGUUCUCCAGCAUGCUCACUGAGCCUGAGCUACCUCAGGAGUGUAACAGGAUGUCUUCCAAGCGACCAGCCUCUCCAUAUGGGGGGACAGAUGGAGAGGUAACCAUGGCAACCAGCAGACAGCGAGUGGCGGAUGAAGAGAACGAGGGACUAGGCGGUGUCAUCCACCUACCUCUGGCCUCCUACUGCAGCAAAGUGUCCCCUCGUUCGCCCCCUAACCGCAUAUUGGACAGCCCUCCCAUCAUGGACCAGGAUGGGAUUAAGGGGACUUCCCUGAGUCCUUACCCACAGCACAAUUCUACCUCACCGGGCAAAGAGGAGGGAGGAGGCGGCGGACGGCCCUGCAGCGACGGCUGCUCGGCCACGGGCCCAGUGGGAACCCCGGAGAGACGCAAGGGCAGCCUGGCGGACGUGGUGGACACGCUGAAGCAGCGCAAGAUGGAGGAGCUGAUCAAAAACGAGCCCGAAGAGGCCCCCAGCAUUGAGAGGCUGCUGUCCAAGGACUGGAAGGAUAAACUUUUGGCCAUGGGUUCAGGUCACGUCGGAGAAAUUAAAGGUACUCCAGACAGCCUGGCAGAGAAAGAGCGCCAGCUAAUGGGCAUGAUUGGUCAGUUGAGCAGCCUGAGGGAGCAGCUCCUGGCGGCCCAUGAAGAGCAGAAGAAACUGGCGGCCUCACAGAUGGAGAAGCAGAGGCAGCAGAUGGAGCUCGCCAAGCAGCAACAAGACCAGAUCGCCCGACAACAGCAGCAGCUCCUGCAGCAGCAGCACAAAAUCAACCUCCUGCAGCAGCAGAUCCAGGUCCAGGGACAACUCCCUCCGCUGAUGAUUCCGGUCUUUCCUCCGGACCAGAGGACUCUGGCGGCCGCCGCGGCCCAACAAGGUUUCCUCAUGCCCCCCGGCUUCAACUACAAGCCCGGCUGCAGUGACCCCUACCCUCUCCAGCUCAUCCCCACCACCAUGGCUGCCGCUGCUGCUGCUGCCGCCUCACCGGGCCCGGGCCCCCUACAGCUGCAGCAGUUCUACGCAGCUCAGCUCGCCGCCAUGCAGGUUUCCCCGGGGGCCAAGCAGCACGGAGGCAGCCUAGCGCCGCAGGCUAACCUGGGCACACACUCCCCGCCCACCAACACACACCCGCAGAGCGACAAGAGCCGUAACUCCCCGACCCCCAGCAAGACCAAGGACAGUGAGGGUGCACAGCCACUGAACCUGUCGGCCAAGCCGAAGGCAUCCGAGAGCAAGUCACCCAACUCCCCCCCAACUUCCCCACAGGUUUCUGCCGCUGCUGCCGCUGCCGCCAAGAUGGGCUCCGCCAGUUCCAUGAAGCACAGUAUCGCCCCCUCCAGCAUCGGAGGACCACCCAGCAGAGUCAGCUCAAUAGCAGACUUGUUAUCGUCACUGUCCUCGACGGCCUAUCUCAACGACCACGAGGCGGUGACCAAGGCCUUCGCCGAGGCCCGGCAGAUGAAGGAGCAGCUAAAGAGAGAGCAGCAGGUCCUGGACGCCAAGGUGGCCGCCGUCAGCAACCUGAGUCUCAACAACGGACGCACAGACAAGGACAAGGCUGCGCUGGAGAGUCUGAGUCAACAGCUGAAGCAGCAGGCGGAAGACAAGUUCAACCACGCCAUGCUGGACUUCACCAUGAGCGGGGAGUCUGACGGUAAACACACACACACACACACACGUCCGCACACACAUGUGCAGCCGCACAUUAAACGGCCGAUGAACGCCUUCAUGGUCUGGGCCAAGGAUGAAAGGAGAAAGAUUCUCCAGGCCUUCCCCGACAUGCACAACUCCAACAUCAGCAAGAUCCUCGGCUCCCGCUGGAAAGCCAUGACCAACCUGGAAAAGCAGCCGUACUACGAGGAGCAGGCUCGCCUCAGCAAGCAGCAUCUGGAAAAGUACCCCGACUACAAGUACAAGCCGCGGCCCAAGCGCACCUGUCUGGUCGACGGCAAGAAGCUGCGAAUUGGCGAGUACAAGGCCAUCAUGAGGUCUCGCAGACAGGAAAUGAGGCAAUACUUCAGUAUGGGACAACAAGGUCAGCUGCCGUUGUCCUCCGCCGGCGUCGUCUACCCGGGUGCCCUGUCCAUGGCGGGGUUGCCCUCCCCCCAGAUGCCCUCGGAGCACUCCAGCAUGUCCAGCAGCCCGGAGCCCAACACCAACCACCACCAGAACCCCCAGAAUGCCGUGCUGAAGGACGAGCCUCGCAUCAAGGAGGAGCUGCGGCUGGACGACAGCAACGGCGACAUGUACGACGACUUCGACUACGACGACGAAGAAGCGGACUAUGCCAGCGACAAUGACAACCACAUCAGCCAGCAGGACGGCAUGUGAGCCAAUCCACCCCCCCAGCCCUCCCCCCCGCAGCCCCUCUGCUCUUUAGCCAAUCACAGCUGGUUGAUCCCGCCUCCUCAAACCCCAAACCCACCAAUCAGGAAGUAAAACUUCUCUUUUGCCAAUCGUCUGGAGUCCCAAUCAUCCCCCGCCCCUGAACUCCUCACCCAGACCAAUGUGGACUCUUUGAACAGAGCCGGACCCCCCCUCUCCCCCACCCCCUAACUCCCAC